CUGGAUUCAAAUACGAAUAGUCGAAGCGGUAACUUCUGUGGGUGUGAGCUGUGCUGUGUGCCGUAUUUACCCGCAUUUUCGUAUACUUUCCGAACUUUCGCACUCAAAAAGGGCCCAUUUGCGAGUGGAAUUGUGCAUGUUUUAAGUUUUUGGGUGGCAAUUGGUGACAUUUCGCUCGAGAUGGCUUUCUACAGCGUGUGUUUUGUUUACUUCGUAUGUCUAACAGUUGUUUUCGCCCAGGAGAAACCCUCUCUAGAAAUUCAGCCGAAAGCAAUCAACAAAGAAGUUGGUUCGAGUUUGGCGCUAACAUGUCGACCAAAAGCGGAAAAUCCGAAAAUGGUCACCCAGCUGGAAUGGAUAGAUCAAUUUGGCAAACGUGUAGAUAGCAUAAGAAGUCAAUCUCUUUACACAUCGGCUUUGCCGGGUGAGCCGGGAAUUGUUUUAAUAUUUACAAGCUUAACGGAAAACCAGGGAGGAAGCUACACUUGCCAAGCGAAUUAUGCAUCGGAAACUAUACAAUCUUCUGUUUCGGUCACAACUUACGUUGAUAUUAAUUUUGUGGACGCCCCUUUAUCGCAAUAUCCAAUUGUUGGUCAAGAUUUCAAUGUAAAAUGUAAAGUACAUGGAAAUCCAUCACCAAUGAUCGAUUGGAACAAAAAUGGUGAAACCAUUAUUACUAACAAUAAGUUUGUGGUUGGUACCGAUGAGUUAUUAAUCAAAAACGUCACUGAAGCUGAUGACGGUGUCUACAAGUGUACUGCUGUAGUACUAAGCACUGGGCAAAUUAAAACCAGAGAUAUUAAGGUUGAAGUACAAGUGCCUCCAAAAAUUGUACCGAUGAACACCAUAUCUGUGGUUGAAGGAGAAACAGCUUCGGUAACAUGCUCAGCUCAUGGUAAACCUCCACCAACCUUCACAUGGAUCAAGGAAAAAACUCGCGAGGAUCUUGCACGUACCGAUAGAUUUGACGUUAAGAAAAACACUGGAGAACUCAUUAUUAACAGAGUGGAAUUCAACGAUGACUCCAUGUAUAAAUGUAUUGCCGAGAAUCCUGCCGGAAGGACCAGUACUGCUGUUAAAAUUAAUGUCAGAGUAAAACCCAAGAUUUAUGAGCUUUUAAACGUUACUGCGCCUAUCAAGACUGAAACCAAGCUAAUCUGCAAAUCUCAAGGUCGACCUGCACCAAAGGUAACAUUUAGAAAAGUAACAUCUCGCGAACCAUUCCGUGUAGGUCCACAACUAACCGACAAAAGAAUUGUUUUGGAACAACAAUAUUUCGAAGAAAAAGGCGAAAGUUUUGGUAUUCUUACCAUUAAGGAUUUGGUAAGGUCUGAUGAUGGUUUAUAUGAAUGUAUUUCCGAAAAUAUUGCUGGAGGUGCUUAUACCAAUGGACAUAUCACCAUUGAAUUCCCACCAUCAUUCGAAAGAUUCAAGGAUCUUCCUCCUGUAUGGAGUUGGAACGGAAGGCCAGGAAAUCUGUCAUGUCUUCCGGAAGCCAUUCCAAACGCGACCAUUAUCUGGAAAUUUAAUAACAUCGUCAUCGACCGCAAUAACAGUAACUUUAAAAUCAUCGGCAACGGCCCCGUAUCAAACUUAAUCGUACUCCCAUUCAAUGACGUUCGUUUCUACACGCAAUACGAAUGCACGGCUUCCAACAAACUCGGCGUAAACACCACAAAAAUCUUCCUAAAACAGGGAUUUGUCCCACAAAUCAUUAACCAAGUGAGAGUGGAAAGAAUCACAGCCACAACCAUCAAGUUUAGCAUCGUCCAGCCAAACGACUUCGACGGAAUGCCGAUUCGCAGUUACACCGUUAGAUACAGGCCCGAAACUCAACUGAACUGGGACUAUGCCUUCAACCACACUUGGUCGAACGGUGCACCCUACAUCCUCGAAAAUCUUAUACCGGAAGCGACGUACCAUUUCCGGUUCGCCGCCAAAAACGAUGUCGGUAUGGGCCCCUUCCUCGACGCUCAGAGUCUCACGAUGCCGCGCAGAUCCGAACCUGCAGAACCUAAAAUCCUUCUUGAGGAUCACAACGUGAGGGACCAAAAGGAUAAUUACGUUAACAGGGAAGACAGGAUUACUGUUAGUCAGUACGCUGAUCACUAUGAACUUAGAUGGAAUGUUCCCAACGAUAAUGGCGAUCCUAUCCAACAUUACUUGAUCAGAUAUUGCGAGGCCAACAAGGUUAAUGGUGUUUGGCGCGACACGGAAUGUACCGAACAAUUCACUCAAUCAGUGCAAUACACAAGCUACCAACUGAAUCACCUGAGACCUGACACCACAUAUAAAAUCGAAUUAAGGGCGCACAACGCCAUUGGUGACAGUUCACCGGCCCAAAUUAAAGUUAAAACUGCCAGAGGUCUCGAUCCAGUCGUUCCAGUGAAAUCUCCUACUAUGAGCAGUGCUUUAAUUGUCGGUGUUGUGGUAGCUGCAGUUCUUUUGAUACUCAUUAUGGUAGACAUAACUUGUUAUUGCGUGAACCGAACCGGAAUUUUGGCAUGCAUGUGUGCAGGAAAGGCCAAAAAUCAUGAUGAUGAGGAUCCCAAACUUGGAAGGGAUGAGAGAGAACCACUCAAGAACGAUCUGACUGACGAAAAACAGACUUCAGUUGAAUAUGACGGCAAGCACGUCUACACAAAAUCAGGAGAAAUCAUUGGAAAACAUUCAGCAGUUUGAAUACUGCUGAACACUGAAUACCAUCCGGUUUUACUUUUUAAGUUUAUUCCAUGAGUGUUUCUAUUUUCAAUAUGUGCCAAAUAACAAGUAUUACAAAUGUGCUUUCUUAUAAAGAAGUUAUUUUGAUAAAAGGCAUAUUCAAACUGACAAGAUUACUUAUUCGAAUUAUAAAUUACACUGUGGAUAUCCUAUACUUAUAUUAUAUUAUGACAAAUGUUUCUUGUGUUUAUCCAUGGAUAUUUUUGACAUUUUAGCUGUCAGAAUAUAUUUAAAUUGACAGCUGUAUAUUAACAUUAUGUAGUCUGUAAGUCGAUUAUAUAAAUUUAAAUCUUGAUCAGUUUAAGUGUCAAUGUACAGCUUAUAUGUGUAAUGUAUGUUAACCAGCUUGUUGUAAGCUAUGGUUUGUAUAAAUGUUUUUGUUUUAUUUUUUAAUUAUUGAGUACUUAAUUUUUAAUUCGAGACUGAUGACCAUGUGUUUUAUAGGUACUAAAAUAUCACAUUGCUUAAGUAAACAGUAGAUACAUAUUUUAAGUCAUUUUGAAGAAAACCAACAGUGUAGGUAAUAUAAAUUGUAGGUAUUACUUUUUUCAAUAUUUAUUAAAAUUUAUUAAGAACUUU